AUGCGGGUGACGGUGAGCCUGGAGAGAAACCCUGCGAGCGGAGGUGCAGCUGUACUGUCGGGCGUGUGCAUGAGGGGGACCGUCGCCAGGGUGAACGGCGAUGCCACCUGCGUGCUUCUCAGGGACGACGGCGAGGUGGAGCUAUCUGUGACGCCUGAGCGCAUUGUGGCGCUGGGGCGGCGGAGGAAGCUGCUCUACCAUGCGAGGCUGCUGGAGGUAGUCAGCUGGCUGCGACCCUGCAUGCACGACCCGCGCGACGCUGAGGCCGUUGCCCUCAUCCUCUUUUGCCAUGGCUGGCGGGUGGAGCUGAUGCACCUCCUGCAGACGGUGGAUGUCUCGUCGUUUGUGUUUGUGUCGAGUACUGAGCAAGGUAGUAUCUGCGAGAAGGCGCAGUGGGAGCGCGAACACCGCGGCGUGCUGCGCUGCGCGGCACGCGAGCGGCUGAAGGACAGGGACUUCCGCUAUGCCCUAGCCAAGUACAAGGGCGCUAUCAGCUGCAUGGCUGGUGUGUUGGUGGUGACCUACGUCUUCACGACAAACUUGCGCGCCUACCGGCGGGAGCAGCGGGACCAUCAGCUGCAGACAGCAAUCGAGACGCUCUCCAAGUCGGCGCAGUCGUCGGGGGGCGGAAACUUCGUUGUGGGGCGCAAGGACGGGGAGGCGGUCGUGCGCAGGGUGCUAACAAAAAUCUUCCCGGCCCCUCCCCCAUUAUCCUUUUUACAGCACACCCUGCAACCACCCAAUUUUCUUUGGGCCACCCCCCUCCUAAAGAGGGAUGUCCCCUUUUUCAUCAACUCCCCCCCCAAAAAAACCCUCCCCCCUUUUUAA